UUCUCUCUUUCCUCAGCUUUCGAAGCGAGCGCUGCUGCCAGAACUCAGAAGUGAGCUAGCAGUCUGCAACGGUUGUGCUGCAGACAAAAGAAAAUCUCUCUCACUUUCUUUCUAAUUUUCCAAAAAAUAAAUGUUACUCGAAACCCUAAUCGUUGAUCUCUCUGAAUUAUCGUAAACGAUCUCAUCCCAAUGUCUCAAAUUUUUGAUCCUAGAGCGUUCGCAGUUCGUCUCAAUCUGCAGUUUUUGGGGCAAAAACGAUGCUUCCUUCAAUGGCAAUGGUUUCUCUGGUAGGAUGAAAAAUACUACGGUAAGGGUUGAGUUCUGGAUAUGGCAUUGCCUCAUUUGAUGAUGAACAUUCCUCCUUGGUGUUGUUUUCGGAAUGUCGUUUUCGAGGAGCAGAGAAAUUUGAGUUCAAGUGUUCCCGUUGCUCUCUCCAGCACUGGGAACACCAUUUCCAGAGAUUCGACGGGAAUUUUUCCAGAAGGGUUCCGUUUGAGACGGAGAGCUGUCGUCGUACGAGGGAGGCUGAAUGCGACGGGGUUGCAGACUGUUGAGAACGGCCAGAUUCGGACGGGCGUCGAAAUUCCAGUUACUUGCUACCAGAUUCUUGGUGUUGCUGAUCAAGCAGAGAAAGAUGAAAUAGUUAAGUCAGUAAUGGAUUUGAAAAGUGCUGUGAUUGAAGAAGGAUACACCAUGGAUGUUGUUGUAUCCCGUCAGGAUCUUUUAAUGGAUGUGCGAGAUAAGCUUCUUUUUGAACCAGAGUAUGCUGGUAAUGCAAGGGAAAAAAUCCCACCUAAAUCUUCACUUCGCAUUCCAUGGGCUUGGUUGCCUGGUGCCCUUUGCCUCCUCCAGGAGGUUGGAGAAGAAAAGUUGGUUCUAGAAAUUGGCCAAGCGGCUCUACACCAUCAAGAUGCUAAGCCAUAUAUCCAUGAUUUACUUUUAUCAAUGGCACUAGCUGAGUGUGCCAUUGCAAAGAUUGGUUUUGAGAAAAAUAAAGUAUCCCAAGGAUUUGAAGCCCUUGCUCGUGCUCAGUAUCUCCUCAGGAGCAAAAUUUCUUUAGGGAAAAUGCCAUUGUUAUCUCAGAUAGAGGAAUCUCUGGAAGAGCUUGCACCUGCUUGCACACUGGAGAUACUAGCCAUGCCUCACACACCUGAAAAUGCUGAACGCAGAAGAGGUGCAAUUGCAGCAUUGCGUGAAUUGCUUAGGCAGGGCCUUGAUGUGGAAACUUCCUGCCGAGUCCAAGAUUGGCCUUGCUUCUUCAGCCAGUCACUUAAUAGACUUAUGGCCACAGAAAUAGUAGAUCUUCUUCCAUGGGAUGAGUUAGCCAUUACACGCAAGAACAAAAAGUCACUUGAGUCACAGAACCAAAGGGUUGUAAUUGAUUUCAAUUGCUUCUACAUGGCCAUGAUAGCUCACAUUGCUCUUGGAUUUUCGAGCAAGCAGAGAGAUCUGAUUACUAAGGCGAAGGCCAUUUGUGAGUGUUUGGUAGCAUCAGAAGGUAUUGAUUUGAAGAUCGAGGAAGCUCUUUGCUCCUUUCUUCUUGGGCAGGUUGAUAUGGCAGAGGCUGUUGAAAGACUAGAGGAGUAUGAAAGUAAUUUAAGUGCUGCUUCAAGAAAUAUAGUACCAACUAUUGGUGCAAAAGAAGUCAAAAAUGGUUCUGAUAUGAACCUAUCACUGGAAACAUGGAUGAAGGAUGCUGUGCUUGGUGUUUUCCCUGAUACACAGGAUUGUUCUCCAUCUUUGGUAAACUUCUUUGGUGGCGAAAAUAAGAGUCACAAAGGUAACAAGAAAAACAAAGGAACACCACAGACCAUGUCUAAUUUGGGUUCCAGAUCGGUGACCUUUGUUUCACCUACUGAUAAUAGAGCUUGUGUGGAACCUCUCUCACAUUUGAACUCUACCCGGAAUCUAGGGCUGGCUGUGAAGCAAUUGGCACCACCAAACUUGCAAAACCUAUUCACUGUGAGCAAGAUGAGUGAUGGAAACAGUGCUAUCACACAAUCUCUUCAGCUAAAGAGAAAUCUAGGAUCACAUCAUAACAAAGUUUGGGAAAGCUGGUGGGCCCUGGGUGAUACGGUUGGAAGGAUAACAAUUGCUACAAUUAUAGGUUGUGUUGUUUUCACUACCUGUAAGCUCUUAGGCAUGCAAUUUGGGAAGAUGAGAAAUGUGUCUACUUGGAACUCUGGUAAACCAAAGAUGGACAAGAGUAUCAUUUCUUGGAGCAUCGACCCUUCUCUGGAUUAUAAUCCAGGUCCUGCUUGUAUUGAUGGGAGUAAUAUCAGUGGAAGACUAAGGAAGCUGCUGGUUUUUCUUAAGAAGCAGAUGAACUAUCUCCAAGAUGCACAAAUCCUACAAAAUUCAUGGCCUUCUGAUGAUCGCUCUCCUUUAAAUAAGGAUUUAAACAAGAAAUCAAUGCCUGUAGAAGAGGCUGAGGCCCUUGUCCAAGAAUGGCAGACCAUCAAAGCUGAAGCUCUUGGACCUGGCUAUCAAGUUCAUGGUCUCUCUGAGAUUCUUGCAGACUCUAUGCUUGCUCAGUGGCAGGCUUUGGCUGAAUCUGCAAAAGCUAGGUCUUGUUUUUGGAGAUUUGUUCUAUUGAAAUUGUCAGUCUCGCAAGCUGAAAUUGUAUCAAAUGGGACCAGUGGGGAAAUAGCAGAAAUUGAGGCUAUGGUGGAGGAAGCAGCAGAACUUGUUGAUGAAUCUCAACCAAAGAACCCUACUUACUACAGCACAUACAAAAUCAGGUACUUACUGAAAAGGCAAUAUGAUGGUUCAUGGAGAUUUUGUGAAGGUUCCAUUCUAAGUCCAACGUGAUUCAUGGAAUGAUUGACUUGUGAUAGCUGAUGACAUUGGAACCGAUGCCCUCUCAUCCUCUUAUUAAAUGAUUAUUCAUUAUAUGCUCAACUGUGAAGGCCUAGAGUUAAUAAAUUGUUGAGUUAGGUAGAGAGUGUGUGUUUCGAUUGGUGAUUUGUAUGUGUUGGCUUCUGUGGGGUAGAAAUCAGGAAACAUUAUUUGUUGGAAUUUGAGACAUUUUCAUCUUGGCCCUUGGUCUAACGUACUCAUCUCAAUUCAUCUUCGCCUUUGGAAGCCUUGCUUUUGUUUUUCUUUGACAUUUUAAUUCUCUUUACCUUUGUUCAUGGUGGAAGUGACUAGACGCUUUUUGUCA